GAUUUUGAACAUUGUGAUCCAAAAAAAUGCUCUGGUAAGAAACUUGCAAGAUUAGGGAUUGUGAAACUUUUAAAAGUUUCACAAAAGUUCCGUGGAAUAGUUUUAAGUCCACAAGGACAACAAGCUAUUUCACCUGCAGAUCGAAUAAUCAUACAAGAUCAUGGUUUGGCGGUUAUUGAUUGUUCUUGGGCAAGAUUAGAAGACGUCCCAUUUGCAAAAUUAAGGACGUUUAAUGACAGGCUAUGUAAGUGGAAUGUG